GUGAGCGAAGGGUGAACAAAUAAAAGUUCUUGAAGAACAGCUGGAGAUACUGUACACAUUGCUUCGGAUCCUAGCAAGAUGAAGAAUCUCCUCUGCGUGACGUUGUUCCUCAUGUCAUAUUUUGGGCUUGGAUAUUCGAAAUACUGCUAUGCUUGCACCGAUUGCGUGAACGUGGACACGACUGUCGCCACCGUGUCCUGUCCUGCCUCUUGCCUCGCUACGGUCAUCUGUGACGGAUACCGCGUCAAGACAGUGUCCCGGAUGUGCAGCAGUACCAACGAACCCCAAGGCUGCAUGAACAGAACCAAUUCCGCCAACUGCUAUUGCAACUACGACCGGUGCGAUGCUCUUCUGGGACGCAACCCUUGCAACAAUGCAACGAGCAGUGCCAUUUCUCUCUCCCUUGUGGCUUUGACAAUGUUCGUGGCCAAGAUCUUUCAUAACCCCUUGUGAUUUUGUCUUUUCUGUCUGAGAAAAAAAUGCUAAUGAAUGUUAAUCACUUUGAUUAUUUAUAAGCACGAUAAAUCAUCAUUCAAAUUUUAACAUACUCAGACAUUAUAUUCUAUGUAAACGAGGAUCAGAUGACAAUCGGGCUUUAUAUCUUAUCUUGUGAUCACAGUUCACCCGUUAAAGUAGACUGUGAAGUUCUGAUUUCCAUGUCAUUUUAGUUUUGCAGCGCUUGAGUCUUUAUUUUGUAUUAGUUUACCCUUCCGUUUUUUUCAGAUGUGGCAAUUUUCCAUUUUCUAUGAGUUAAGGUAUAACUGUACUAAUCGUAUAUUUUCAAUCCUCUAGUAUAAACCAAGCCUUAAAAUGUAAUUUUGCUCUCAAUAGCUUAACACAAGUAGCAUUUGCAAUCAUUCAUAAAAGGAAAACUGUGGCAGAAUUUAACAAAAUAUCCGGUAAAUCAUGAGAAGGUACAAUACAUGCUGUCAGUAAACUUUUAUGAAAGUCUGCUCCGUUUUCCUUGAUAGCAAAUUCUGAAUAUUUAACAAAUAAAAUACUAAUAUUUGAA